CCGCCACCUGGUGCGCAUGCACUAUUGGUGACGUCAUCGCGGCGCCUCACAUAGUCGCCUCGCCGGAGCCGGAAGUGAGCGGAGCGGCACCGGAAGCAGCCGGCAGACGAGACCUCGUGGAAAGGACGGCGGCAUGGGACAGUCGGGGAGGUCCCGGCACCAGAAGCGCGCGCGCGCCCAGGCCCAUCUCCGGAACCUCGAAGCCUAUGCCGCGCAGCCGCACUCGUUCGUGUUUGCUCGCGGCCGAGUGGGUCGCAGCGUCCAGCAGCUCAGUAUGGACUUGAGGCGGGUUAUGGAGCCGCUCACUGCCACCCGCCUGCAGAUACGGAAGAAAAACUCUCUGAAAGAUUGUGUAGCAGUGGCUGGGCCCCUUGGGGUCACACACUUCCUGAUUGUGAGCAAAACAGAGACCAACGUCUACUUUAAACUGAUGCGUCUCCCGGGAGGCCCCACCCUAACCUUCCGGAUCAACAAGUACACGUUGGUGCGUGAUGUGGUCUCCUCGCUACGCCGGCACCGCAUGCAUGAGCAGCAGUUUGCCCACCCACCCCUCCUGGUGCUCAACAGCUUUGGCCCCCAUGGCAUGCAUGUGAAGCUCAUGGCCACCAUGUUCCAGAACCUGUUCCCCUCCAUCAACGUGCAUAAGGUGAACCUGAACACCAUCAAGCGCUGCCUUCUCAUCAACUACAACCCUGACUCCCAGGAGCUGGAUUUGCGUCACUACAGCAUCAAGGUGGUCCCUGUGGGUGCCAGUCGUGGGAUGAAGAAGCUUCUCCAGGAGAAGUUCCCCAACAUGAGUCGCCUGCAGGACAUCAGUGAACUGCUGGCCACGGGCGCAGGGCUGUCGGAGAGUGAGGCAGAGCCCGAUGGCGAGCACAACAUCACAGAACUGCCGCAGGCUGUGGCGGGGCGCGGCAACAUGCGGGCCCAGCAGAGCGCUGUGCGGCUCACAGAGAUUGGGCCUCGGAUGACGCUGGAGCUCAUCAAGAUCCAAGAGGGGGUCGGAGAGGGCAACGUGCUGUUCCACAGGCUCGUGCACAAAACAGAGGAGGAGCUCCAGGCCAUCCUGGCUGCCAAGGAGGAGAAGCUGCGGCUCAAGGCCCAGAGACAGGACCAGCAGGCCCAGAAUGUUCGGCGCAAGCGGGAGCAGCGAGAGGCUCACAAGAAGAAGAGCCUGGCAGGCAUGAAGCGGGCGCGGGCAGAGGCCGAUGGGGACAGCGAUGCAGAGGACCCCGGGGCCCCGCCAGAGGCAGAGAGGACCAACCAGCAAGAGGAAGAAGAGGAUGAGGCUGAGUAUUUCCGCCAGGCUGUGGGCGAGGAGCCUGAUGAAGACAUGUUUCCAAAGGCAGCCAAGAGGAGGCGGCCCACUGGGCCCCCAGGCAAGAAGCAGCGGCUGAAGGAACGGAAGCCGGACCGAGGCAGUGAUCGGAGGCCUCAAAAGGCCAAGGCCAAGGGCAAGGGCCCAGGGGCCCAGGCCAAGGUGGGACCCAGGGGGGCUGCCAGGAACCGUGGGCAAGGCCGACCUCGGCCACCGAAGAGAGCAGCCUGAGGCCAAGCCUGGGUGGCAGAUGGAAUGCCCCAGAUUGGGGCCCGAGAGACGCUGUGCUGGGCUCCCCUCCUGGGUCUCCAGGCGCAGCCCUCGGUUUCCUUUCAUAAAGGAGAGCUGCUUUCCCACUUUGCCCUCUAAUAAAUUCAUUUCUCAUGAG